UCUUAGUGCAAGAUUUUUUACAUCGCCCCUUUCUUUUCGCUCUCUUACAAACCCACUUACACCCCCUGAAUCCCCAGCGGUCAAGCCUGAGCAGCCCGAGUGGCCCUGUACAGAUUGAUCGUGCCUGCGAUGAAAGUCGGCUGCAUCAUUGGUAGAAAGGGAGAGGACGUCAGGAAGCUGUGUGCAGAGACUCGUGCUCGUGUCGCUGUUCUUCAUGGGCCUGUCACUUCUGUUCAUCGCAUCGUGUUGAUAUCUAGUAAAGAAGAAGUAGAUGCUGUGUUAUCGCCGGCUAUGGUUGCGGUUAUGAGACUAUCCAGACGAAUAAAUGAAUUACCCGAGGGUGAUGAAGAUGAUAUUGAAUCAUCUACAGUGUCUUUCUGUGUCCAUUUAUUGGUGUCUUCUGGACAAGCAUAUAGUCUGAUUUGUCGACAAGGGUUGACAGUCAAGUCGAUGCAGGAGGCUAGUGGCGCCGCAAUACAGGUUUUCUCAAGAGAUGAAGUUCCAGCAUGUAAUAUCGAUUCAGAUGAGAAGGUUGUGGAGUUGAAAGGAGAAGCUAUCAAUGUUCUUAAAGCUCUUGAAUCUGUUGUUGGACACUUGAGAAAGUUUUUGGUGGAUCACAGUGUUCUUCCUUUAUUUGAGAAGAAUACUGAUAAUGCUGACAAGAUGACGCUGAACCCGACUACUCAAGCAGGAUCUGAUGGUAGUGAAUUCUCUCUUCCGGUAAAGUGGGAUGCACUGUAUGCUGAUCUCGAAAGGAAUCAGGACCCUGUAUCCUAUUUGUCUGGGUGGCCAUAUAACGGACAAGCGGCUGGACUUCCAGGAAUAUCUUCUUUGGAGGUUGGACCUAUUAAUACUCAGGAAUGUGUUAGCAAGCAGGACGAAGAUCUCCUCAGGAGCUAAUGUAAUCAGAAUUAGGGGACAUGGUAGCUCCAGGAUGUAAAUGCUGGGAUAAGAUCUCCUUCUACAUAUAUAUGUUGUUUAUAUUUACAUUUCCUGUAUUCUUUUUGCCCACUUAGAGUCGUUGCUGGUUGUUCUGUUGUACAAUUUAAGUAGAUUGUUGGUUUAAGUUUGAGACAGAUCAAUGAUUAUAUACAAUUCCUUA